AUGAAGGAAAGACAUCACCCCGUCGCAGAGCCUGUCAAGGUCCGAGUACACGAUGCCGGAACCAUCGUAGCCUUUGGAAGUUUCUUGGUAACCAAGGAACUUCUCCAAGCCAGAGCACAGGUUAGCACAUUCUUUAAGCGAUUUGGGGGAAUUUGGGGAAAGGCGAUUUUAGGUCAAGGAGGCAGCGAGGGAGCGAGGGAGGAGGGUGGACAAGGUGAGGGAGGUGAAGGGGCGAAAGAGGGCGAUGAGGGAGGAAGAUGGGUUGAGGUAAGGCGAUUUUGGAGGUGGAGGGGGAAGGUGGAAAAUGAGGAUUUGGGUGGAGGACGCCGACGGAGGAGGUGA